CGCGCGCAAGCGGGCAUCGCUCCGUGGGCAUUCAUUUUCUGGGCGCUCGCUGGAGAGGUCUCUCCUUCGCUCGCCGGCUUCCCCCUCGCCCUUUUGCGGAGUCCGGUGGAAGGAGGAAGGGAGAGGGGGUCUCCCUCCGUUGGCCCCAGCGCAUGAGGAGAGAAGUGCCCUGAGGACCCCUCCUGCAAGGCGAGAGGCGGACGACUUGGCGAGGCUGCCCGGCGGGCAACGGCGGCGGUAACCUUGGGUCUGCGCUCCUUCCAUCUCCACGGGCGGAGGUAGUCCCCAAUAAACAUGGCGAGUGAUUCUCCGGCUCGGAGCCUGGACGAGAUAGAUUUGUCUGCCUUGAGGGAUCCUGCAGGUAUCUUUGAACUGGUUGAACUGGUUGGCAAUGGGACUUAUGGGCAAGUAUAUAAGGGUCGUCAUGUUAAAACAGGGCAGCUUGCAGCUAUUAAAGUCAUGGAUGUUACUGGGGAUGAAGAAGAAGAGAUUAAACAAGAAAUUAACAUGCUAAAGAAAUAUUCUCAUCACCGAAAUAUUGCUACUUAUUAUGGUGCUUUCAUUAAAAAGAACCCACCAGGAAUGGAUGAUCAGCUCUGGCUGGUGAUGGAGUUCUGUGGUGCUGGAUCUGUCACCGAUCUGAUCAAGAACACCAAAGGGAACACUUUGAAGGAGGAGUGGAUUGCCUAUAUCUGCAGGGAGAUUUUACGGGGCUUGAGUCAUCUCCAUCAACACAAAGUAAUCCAUCGAGAUAUUAAGGGACAGAAUGUUUUGCUAACUGAAAAUGCAGAAGUUAAACUAGUGGAUUUUGGAGUCAGCGCUCAACUAGACAGAACAGUUGGUCGAAGAAAUACGUUUAUUGGAACACCAUACUGGAUGGCUCCUGAGGUCAUCGCCUGUGAUGAAAAUCCUGAUGCUACUUAUGAUUUCAAGAGUGAUUUGUGGUCUUUAGGGAUAACAGCCAUCGAAAUGGCAGAAGGAGCUCCUCCCCUUUGUGACAUGCAUCCCAUGAGAGCCUUGUUCCUCAUUCCCCGAAACCCAGCCCCCAGGUUGAAGUCAAAGAAGUGGUCAAAAAAAUUCCAGUCCUUCAUUGAAAGCUGCCUGGUAAAAAAUCACGGUCAGAGGCCAACCACUGAACAGCUGAUGAAGCACCCAUUUAUUCGAGACCAGCCAAAUGAAAGGCAGGUUCGCAUCCAGCUCAAAGACCACAUUGAUAGGACUAAGAAAAAACGAGGAGAGAAAGAUGAGACAGAAUAUGAGUACAGUGGAAGCGAGGAGGAAGAAGAAGAAAAUGACUCUGGAGAACCCAGCUCCAUCCUAAACCUGCCUGGAGAAUCAACCUUAAGGCGGGAUUUUUUGCGGCUUCAGCUUGCAAACAAGGAACGCUCAGAGGCCCUCCGUCGGCAGCAGCUGGAGCAGCAGCAGCGUGAAAAUGAAGAGCACAAGAGGCAGCUCUUGGCAGAACGUCAAAAGAGGAUUGAGGAACAGAAAGAGCAGAGGAGGAGACUGGAAGAGCAGCAAAGGAGAGAGAAGGAGCUAAGAAAACAACAAGAGAGGGAGCAACGGCGGCAUUAUGAAGAACAACUGCGGCGAGAAGAGGAAAGGAGACGGGCUGAACAUGAGCAGCAUCAGAAGGAUAUGACCCCAAACAGUCAGGAAUACAUCAGGCGACAGUUAGAGGAAGAACAGAGGCAGUUAGAGAUCCUGCAGCAGCAAUUACUGCAGGAACAAGCUCUACUUCUGGAAUACAAGCGCAAACAAUUGGAGGAGCAACGGCAAGCAGAGAGGCUACAGCGACAACUGCAACAGGAACGAGACUAUCUAGUUUCUUUACAGCAGCAGCAGCGACAAGAGCAGAGACCAACUGAGAAGAAGCCUCUCUAUCAUUACAAGGAGGGAAUGAAUGCCACUGAGAAGCCAGCUUGGGCAAAGGAGGUUGAAGAACGUUCCAGGCUUAACCGGCAAAGUUCUCCAGCAAUGCCUCACAAGGUGGCCAACAGAAUUUCUGAUCCAAACCUGCCGCCUCGCUCAGAGUCCUUUAGUAUUAGCGGGGUGCAGCCUGCUCGAACACCACCCAUGCUGCGAUCGGUGGAUCCACAGAUUCCACAUCUGGUCAGUGUGAAAUCCCAAGGACCUUCCUUGCCUGCCUCUCAGUCACUGCAUGAACAACCCACAAAGGGAAUGGCUGGGUUUCAGGAAGCUCUAACGGUGACCUCUCACCGCACUGAGAUGCCAAGGCAGAACUCGGACCCCACUUCCGAAAAGCCUCCUCUCCCCCCUCGUGUUGAAAAGUUUGAUCGAAGUUCUUGGUUACGACAGGAAGAAGACAUUCCACCAAAGGUGCCUCAACGAACUACUUCCAUCUCACCUGCAUUAGCUCGGAAGAACUCUCCUGGGAAUGGGAAUGCUCUGGGACCUCGACUCGGAUCACAGCCCAUAAGAGCCAGUAACCCGGACCUGCGGAGAACAGAGCCCAUAAUAGAAAAUCUGAUACAGAGGACAAGCAGUGGCAGUUCUUCCAGCUCCAGCACCCCCAGCUCACAGCCCAGUUCACAGGCUGGCUCCCAGCCUGGAUCCCAAGCUGGCUCCAGUGAACGGAACCGAGCCAGAGGAAAUGCCAAGCUUGAAGGAUCACCCAUACUCCCACAUGAACCAGUGAAGGUAAAGCAGGAAGACAGCAAGGACGUGGCACGGCCAAGUCGACCUGCUGAUCUGACUGCUUUAGCAAAAGAAUUGCGGGAGCUGCGGAUUGAAGAAACCAACCGGCCUUUAAAGAAAGUUACUGAUUAUUCCUCCUCCAGUGAGGAAUCUGAAAGCAGCGAAGAGGAGGAAGAGGACGGAGAAAGUGAAACACAAGACGGCACUGUGCCUGUCAGCGACAUCCCGAGGCUUAUACCAACAGGAAUGCCAGCAAACAACGAGUCCUACAGUCUAGGAAUGGUAUCAAGCCAUGGUGGUCUGGAGCCCCCCCACCCUGAUAAAUUUAGCAGUAUUUCAAGAGAAGGGACUUUAAUGAUAAGGGAGACUUCUGGUGACCACAAGCGCUCUGGCCACCCAGCCAGCAAUGGCUUUGCUGGCCAUGUCAACCUUCCCGAUCUAGUGCAACAGAGCCACUCACCUGCGGGCACGCCGACUGAGGGCUUGGGGCGAGUCUCCACCCAUGGGCAAGAGAUGGAGCCUGUGGCUGAAUAUGGCAUGGGAAGCAGUACAAAAGCCUCUUUCACCCCAUUUGUAGACACCAGAGUGUAUCAGACCUCCCCGACUGAUGAAGAUGAAGAUGAUGACGAAGAAUCCUCUGCUACAGCAUUAUUUACCAGUGAGCUGCUGAGGCAAGAACAGGCCAAACUUAAUGAAGCAAGAAAAAUUUCUGUAGUAAAUGUGAACCCUACCAACAUUCGUCCUCAUAGUGAUACCCCAGAGAUCCGAAAGUACAAGAAACGCUUCAAUUCGGAAAUCCUGUGUGCUGCUUUAUGGGGUGUAAACUUACUGGUAGGAACCGAGAACGGGCUUAUGCUGUUGGAUCGGAGUGGACAAGGAAAAGUGUACAAUCUGAUCAAUAGGAGACGGUUCCAACAAAUGGAUGUGUUAGAAGGCCUCAAUGUCCUUGUAACUAUUUCAGGAAAGAAGAACAAGCUACGAGUUUACUACCUUUCAUGGUUAAGAAACAGAAUAUUGCACAAUGAUCCAGAAGUAGAAAAGAAACAAGGCUGGAUCACUGUAGGUGAUUUGGAAGGCUGCAUCCAUUAUAAAGUUGUGAAAUAUGAGAGAAUCAAGUUCUUGGUGAUUGCCUUAAAGAAUGCUGUAGAGAUAUAUGCUUGGGCUCCUAAACCUUAUCACAAGUUUAUGGCAUUUAAGUCUUUUGCAGAUCUUCAGCACAAACCGUUGCUUGUUGACCUCACAGUAGAAGAAGGUCAGAGGUUGAAAGUCAUCUUUGGGUCACAUACUGGUUUUCAUGUUAUUGAUGUAGAUUCAGGCAACUCUUAUGAUAUCUACAUACCAUCUCAUAUUCAGGGCAAUAUUACACCUCAUGCCAUUGUCAUCUUACCCAAGACGGAUGGAAUGGAAAUGCUUGUGUGCUAUGAGGAUGAAGGGGUAUACGUUAAUACCUAUGGACGCAUAACAAAAGAUGUGGUACUCCAGUGGGGAGAAAUGCCCACUUCAGUGGCCUAUAUUCACUCCAAUCAAAUAAUGGGCUGGGGUGAGAAAGCUAUUGAGAUACGAUCAGUGGAGACAGGACAUUUGGAUGGAGUAUUUAUGCACAAGCGUGCACAGCGGUUAAAGUUUCUAUGUGAAAGAAAUGAUAAGGUAUUUUUUGCAUCAGUAAGAUCAGGGGGAAGUAGCCAAGUAUUUUUCAUGACCCUGAACAGAAAUUCCAUGAUGAACUGGUAACGAAAGGGCACUUGGUGCUUAUUUUGAUGCCAAGAUUUGUUAAAUUUUGAAGGACGUCGGAACAUGCAGAGUUACACCGUCAAGGCAGGUGAAGAAGACAUUGUGGAUCAUGUUGCUUUCUUCUGUGAUCACAGUCCUGCUUAUGCAGACACAUUCCAAGAAUAUGACACACUUUUCCCAUUGUGAUUUCAGAAUGCAGGUUUAUUCAAGAUCACAAGAAUGCAACACUAUUUGAGCAGAAAAGGACCAAUGCUUAAGAGGUUUAGCUGAAUAAAUCUCUUUGAGGUGUUCAAAUUAAGCUGUGAUAGAAUCGGCUCUAGGGUUUUUAAAAAUAAUUAUUUUACUUUUUUUCCUUGACCCUCAGUUUGUAUGAAUAGAGACAGGUCUAAUAUCUGUUUUAAUGAUGUCUGCCUAUUAGCACCGAAUAUAUAGUAUGAUAUAAGGCAGAUUCCCCUGACCUGGUGUCUUUUAGGUGUGGUGGACUAGAGCUCCCAUGAUCAUGGCUAGCAAGCCAAAUGGGUAUGUUGGUUGGGAAUGAUGGGAGUUGUAAUCAAACACAUCUGUGGGGGCUAGGCUGAGAACUGCUGUUAUAAAGUUAUCACUUAAAACUGAUGCAAGAGAGCACAAUAAAUGUACCAUUUUUAAUCUCUGUGUGAGAGGCCCUAACCAUAGAGUGGCUACGUUUUGUAAAAUCUUUUUGCUUUUAUGGACAUUUGUGUGGGGAUUAUUUUGUUGUUGUUGUUUUUGUUUUAUUUUUUGCAAACAGGUCAAGAUAUUUCAAAUAACAGUAUAAAUGAGAUUUUGUCCCAUUCCUUUGGGAAAUCUAAAUGGCUAGACUCCUAGCUUUGGACAAUAUAAUAUGAUCACGAUAGAGUUACUUUUUUGUCUAUUUUUCAGUUCAUGCUUCUUCCCCAGCCUGGAAGCCUCCAGAUGGGUUGGGACUCCACCUCCCAAAAUUCUCAGCCAGCAUGAUCACAAGCCAAAUACGUCUGGAAGGCGCUUGGCUGGUCAAGGCUAUAGAUCUUUGUAUAAUGGUGCUCAUUGAAAGGAACAGCAGUGCCAUUCUUGUCAAUCAUUCCCACUUGUUGCCUUUCUCCAAGCUGUAACAUGAAGAUAUCUUUAAAUUGCAGACUGGGAAGCUAACUGAAAUAUUGCAAGAUUCCAAAGGUUGGCUAAAGAAUAUACCUAACAGCUUCUUACGUAAGGCAUCUAACUCAGAUAUGUUUGAGUCUGAAUCAUACCUAUUCUGUACAGUUGUACUUUACUUUGGGGGAUAGGGGGCAUGAUCCUUGUAGAUACUGGUGUGUUUUAUUUCUUCCAUUAAAAUCACAAAGAGGCAAUAUCAUUCAGAUAUUUCCAAGAUGGAAGUCCCAAAUGCAGAUCAGUAUUCCUUAUCUAAUUGUAUCCUAUUCUCAAUAUGAAAAAUCUUAAUAAAAUAUUCAACUUUUGGUACAAAGAAUUGCAGGAGAAGGAGAGCAGAUUAAAGGAGGGUUUCAUUGGUCAAUAAUUCAACAUUUAGAUUUCAUGUUUCUAUCCUUCCCCUUGUUUGGUACCCGCCUAUAUAAUGACCAACGUAUGUGCAGAAGUAUGUAUGUUUUUAGUUUGAAUGUAUCUCUGUCUUUAUAUGCCUUGUUCAAAUUAUUUGUAUUUUUAGAUUAGUUAUUUCCACUAUCUCCAAGCAUGGAUUCUCCCAUUGGUCUCUGGAUCAUAAUUGGAUCUGUUUUGCUAUUUUUAACCUACCUCAUUUUAUUUUUAUUUCAGUAAGCUUUUCCUCAUUAGCUCCUGUGGAUACUCAGAGAGGUUAACUGGCUAGUCCAAGAUAUAGCAGAGGCCAGGUUUUGAGAAGUAGAAAAUUAACAUCAAACUGUCCGUUUCCAUUUUUUUCAACCAUUCCAUAAUUUCAGAAUUUCCAUUGUAUAUUCCAGUCGAUGCAACAGUAGUCACAAUGCAUUGGUCUGUGAGAGCAGGUUGGCCAUAAACACACAAGUGAGUUAGAACCAUGCAGAGUCAUCUGUCACAGAAGCUGCCCCAAAUUACUUCAAGCCAGGAGCUCAGAAUAUAUUGCUACGAUUGUGCAUACAUGAAGGCAUGAUUCCAGAUGAGUUGCAAGCUCAGGGAGCCUAUGUAAUUCUUGAAAGCCAUCAGAACUCACCAAGUAUAUGAAACAGCUCUCUGAAACAGGCUUUCCAGACAGGCAUAUGCAAUUGGAUGGGAGAGAUAGUUGAUAUAUUUCUUACUGAUAUGUUCAAUCAAAAAUAAGCUCAUGUUUGUCAUCCACUUUCAAGUCUAUCUCACUACUUAGUCUAGAGUGAUGAUGGUGAUAGCAAUGCUGGUGAUAUGUACAACCAAUGAACCUUUCAGGUUAAGGAUGCUCUACCACUAGUAUUCAAAAUAAUUGGUGCCUCCAAACUUUCUGAAGAGUGUGUUUCUGGGCACCUUUAAAAUUUAUACUGUUUGGCGGCUUUUCUAUAAUAAAACGUGGCGGAAGGAGUUGGUGAUCAUCUUGUUAAUCUAUGGCAGAAGAUCCUGUUUCUCCCCCCUCCCCCACCUUUAAAAAAGGGAUAAUAUACAGACCCAUAAGGUCAGACUCCAACAUUGACAUCCUCUUCUCUGAUGAACAUUCAAAUCCACUCUGCAUGUAUUCUGAGCAUCAAAGUUGCACUCAGUCUAUUUUUGGCUAUGCUCACAAAAGAGUUAAUUGGGAUUCUUUCAUUAUUGAGUUAGGAUUUUGCAAGCCUAACAUUAACUCAGCCUCUACAGAACAAAUGAUUAAUUUACAGUCAAAUUAUUACAACCAGAAAAUGUCAUAAUCUAUAAAAGAGAACCAGUCUAGUGUAGUGGUUAAGGCAUCAGGCUAGAAACCAGGAGACUCUGAGUUCUAGUGUCGCCUUAGGUAC